CCCGAGAUGCUGCUCGAGCCAGGCAGUCCCGCAGACGGAGAAUGCUUUCGGACUGUGGGCUUCUCGAUUGCGUACCUCCUGAUCAGUCAGCCCUCAGCCGCCCACAAAUCCACCACCAUCUGGAUCACCACUCAAGGUUGCUUGACCUCUGGUGCGCCAGCGUUGCUCCGCAAAGCGUGCAGGAGCUACCGGGGCGAGGCUGGCGGCUCGUGCCGUUCCAGAUUUCGGCAGGCCUUCGCCUCGCAGAGAGUUGACAUGCACAAGACCAGGGCGAAUGUCCAGGCUCAUCGACCUGGACUUCAGAGUCGAACGGUUUAA